AUGAAGAAGCAAAGAAACGCCACUCCUCAGUUCAUAGGUGCUCUGACAGACAUGGUUUUCACUCAAAUUGAGAACGUCGCCAAGGAUCUGGAGAGCUUCAGCAGCCAUGCAGGCCGCAGCACGAUCACGACGGACGAUGUGUUGCUCCUCGCGCGGAGGAACGAGGACCUGCACAACAUCAUCAAGCAGGAGGUUGAUCAGCAAAAGGCCAACAAGGCAAAGGCUCGCAAGGGAAAACAGAACCAGUAG